AUGAUGGUUACUGAUCUUCCACAUGAUUUAGAAUCGGAAAUACUCUCUAGGGUUCCGGCCACAUAUCUAAAAAAUUGCAAACGAUGGCACGCUUUAUUUAGAGAUCCAAAAUUCGUCAAGAAGAACUUGGAUUUAGCAGAAACGCAUGUGAUCUUUGAUGAUCGUCGUGUUUAUUCAGUGACAGAGAUAAAUACUCUGAUUCAUAGCAUCAAUAUCCGUGGAAUCCAAACCAGCUUUGAUGGGGUCCAAGGUAAACUUAACACGCUAAAGGAUUCAGAACAGGAUAAGAUAUAUGGUAUAAUAAUCUCUCACUGCGAUGGGUUGUUAUUGUGCAGUAUUACCAAGGAACUUACUAGACUCUUGGUUUGGAACCCUUGUACUGGUCAAACCAGGUUGAUCCAAGCCAAUAAUCGCACGAUCUUGAACAUUUCUCACGCUAAGUCUGAAAUCUAUGAGUUCAACUCUGAUUCAUGGAGAAUUUUUGAUCACGUCUCUCCUGGUUGCUGCACAGAAUCCAAAGCCGUGACUUUGAAGGGAAAUGCUUAUUGGUUUGCAGCAGAUUGGUUUGCUUCAGAGAAAGAAAGCAAAUUUAUACUCAAGUUUGAUUUCACAAGAGAGAGAUUUGGACGUCUAUCUCUUCCUUUCCAGAAGAAUUACAAUGAUGAAACUGUGGUUCUAUCAGUUGUUAGAGAGGAGAAACUUGCCUUGUUACAACAGAGUUUUAAUACAGAUUCGUUAAAGAUGAAUAUAUGGGUUACCAAAACUAAGAUCGAUGAGGACAAAGACUUGUCUUGGAGCAACUUCUUGGUAGUAGAUUUUGGUAAAGUUAUAUUAACAAGUGAGGCGUCGAUGUACAUGAGUUUCUUGGUUGACGAGGAGAAUAAAAUCGUGGUGUGCUCUGAUACAGAUUUUGACAUUAAAACGACGACCACAAUUUACUUUGCUAAAGAGGGUAUACAAGUUCAUCAAGAGAUUGCACAGAAGCCAAAAAUUUGUUGGCCAUUUCUCGUCAGUUAUGUUCCAAGUUUGGUUCAAAUUCAGUGA